AGCUUGGCAACGCUAACAAGAAACUGCAUUCGUAUUGUUAGUGGGGGUGCGUCUCAUGUGUGUGUACGUGUGUGCAAGUUUUUUAUUGUGUUUUGUUGCAUUUAUUUAUAACAAAAGUAACAUUUGAUUGAAUGAAAACUGAUUAAGCACACGCGGAAAUAGCCAACAAUUCGAAAAGCCCAAAAAAAGUUUUAGUUUAUAUGCACAAAAUGCAGCCGCCAACUGCAACGCAAAUAACGGAUUGUGACGUCACACGUGCGCAAGUUGAUGUCGACGUCGACGACGACGCUGGCUGCAGCCCAGUCGCUGCUAUCAGUUGGAAAACAAACGCGCAGCCGAACGGGCUGAAGCAGAAGCAGCGCAUAUACACCUCAACCCCCAAAGACAAGUUGAAGCAACAACAACCACAGCGCAACGACGCCAUUGGUUUUUGUAAUUUAGCCAAAGCAAUACGAAAACAUUACAUUUACGUGGGUGAAGGCAGCGCUGCCGCUGUGGUCAAGGGAAAAGGAGAACAAGGGCAAGGGCCAAGCUUUUUUGAUGAGCGUGUGAUAGCGUUUUUAAUAUUAUUUGGCAUUCUAAUUAUUGUCUACCGAAUAGUCAGUUUAACAAUGUCGUUGAUCAAUAGCAACAUGGUGCAGGAGCUCAGCAGCUAUGUGCAGGCACAGCUGAGUGCUGCCUUGGAUUGGACAGAGGAGCACCAACUGAGCUCCAAGCUGAGCCCAUUGUUGUGUGGCUUCCUCGUGGCGUCCUUUUUCUACGGAAUGGUUUACAUGGACAGCCUGGAUCCUGGUGUGAAUCCACCUACACCUUUUACCACACGUUCCAAGCAGCGCAAUCGAAACACAUUGCAGUUAAGCUAUUUGGGAGCAAUCGGAACGGGAAUUAUGGUCACUCUCAUAAUGUAUCUAGAUUUGUAAUAAUUUCCAUUUAAACAAACAUGGCAACAGUAUUAGUAUUUAAACCAGUCCAAUUAAUUGUUAAUUGUAAACACUUUCCUUAUUUAAUUUAAUUUAAUUUAUUUGUAAUUGUGCAAUGUUCUUGAAGUAAAACAAAAACACACAUAUUAUUUGUAUUCUUAAAUGAAUUUAAUGAAGCUACAGAAGCUAAAAUGAAAUUGUUGAAACUUUAAAGGCACAUAUGAAGUUACUAACUGUUAAUUCUAAGUAAAGAAAUUAUAUUAUGUAUAUAUACGUAUAACCAACUUAUUUAUGAAAAUGUGUAAAGUACAAAGUGAAAUUAUACAGCUACAAAUAUUGUACUAA